AUGCCACCACGCAAAUCAACCUCCUCACUAACCCCAGCCGACCCAGAUGACUCCCUCCUCCAGUCACCCCAGGCACCACAAACAGAUAAACCAGAUAAACCCGUUUUCGCGACGGAACAGCAGUUGAAGGCGCGGGCUGAGGCUGGCGUCAGCGUUGAGGAUUAUCUCCUCCCACGCUCAUUGACAAUCCGCCUCGCAAAGGCCGUCCUCCCGCCGAAUACAACUAUCCAGAAGGAUGCCGUGCUAGCUAUGCAAAAGGCGGCGACGGUUUUUGUCUCCGCCAACGAUGCAACCCUCAAACGAACAAUCGCCCCAGCAGACGUCUUCAACGCCCUCUCCGAGCUAGAACUCGAUUCCUUCCGCGGCCGUCUCGAGCAAGAAUUAGAAGCGUAUACCGAUAUCAAAGCCGGGAAGCGCAAGCCUAAGAAGCCCGAGAAUGGCGUUGUAGCUGAUACCGAGGCUGGUGUUUCUGCUGUUGCUACUGGGGAUGGAGAUGGGGAUGUGGAGAUGGUUGAUAACCCCGCUAAGAGGGUGAAGCGCGAUGGGGAGGAUGGAGAUGGCCCUGGAACUGGCACUGGUGCUGGUGUCGGGGCUGGAGCUAGUGUUGGGGCAGAUAAUGAUGGGGAUGAGACGCAGGAAGAAGAGGUCGAAGACGAAGAUGAAGAGGAGGAAGAGGAAGAGGAUGAGGAAGAGGAAGAAGGGGAUGGAGAUGCGCGUCCCAGACCUGAGGAUGAUCUUGAGGUCGUUGAGGAUUUGGAUCGCGAGCCUGGGGCUAGGAGGGGGCCUUUUGAUCCUGAUGCUGAGGAGACGGACGAGGAGGAUGAUGGGCCUGGUAGUCAGUUGCGGGAUGAUCUUGGGCUUGGUUGA